UCUCUUUUAUCAUCUUGUAAAUUAAGGAGACAGUUUUAUCUUAAUAGCAUGCACAAGCCUGGUGAUGUGGUUUUGGGUGGGCUGUUUAAUGUCCACUACACCUCUGUCUUCUCUAAACUGUCAUUCACCUCAGAGCCAAAUCAGCUCAGCUGCCAAGGCUUUGGCACUGCAGGGUUCAGGCAUGCCAUGACCAUGGCCUUUGCCAUUGAUGAGAUCAAUAAAAAACCCAAUCUGCUACCUAAUGUGACUCUGGGAUACAGUCUUUAUGACAACUGUGCCACACUUGUAAUUGGAUUCAGUGCUGCAUUGUUGCUGGCCAGUGGUCAAGAGGAGCAAUUUCUGCUUCAGGAGGAAUGUUUGGGGACCCCCCCAGUCCUGGGGAUUGUCGGUGAUUCCUUCUCAACAUUUUCUAUCGCCACCUCUGAUGUGUUAGGUUUAUUCAAUCUACCCAUUGUGAGUUACUAUGCCACGUGCUCCUGCCUGAGUGAUAGGCAAAGGUUUCCAUCCUUCUUCAGAACGAUCCCAAGUGAUGCUUUCCAGGUGCGUGCUAUGAUUAAGAUUCUUAAACGCUUUGGCUGGACUUGGGCUGGUCUGCUGGUCAGUGACGAUGACUAUGGACUUCAUGUUUCCCAAACCUUCCAAUCAGACUUGGCUCAGUCUGGUGGAGGUUGUCUAGCUUACUCAGAGAUUUUACCCUGGGGAGAAAACCCUGCUGAACUAAAGAGGAUUGUGGAAAUAAUGAAGAGAUCGACAGCUCGUGUGGUCAUUGUGUUUGCGCAUCAGAUCCACGUGAUUCAACUCAUGGAAGAGGUGGUGAGGGAGAAUGUGACAGGCCUUCAGUGGAUUGCCAGUGAAGCCUGGUCAGCAGCUGCUGUGCUCCAGACCCCCCGCUUUAUGCCAUACUUGAGUGGCACACUUGGUAUUGCCAUCCGCCGAGGAGAAAUACUAGGGCUCAGGGAUUUUCUAUUAAGAAUACGUCCUGACCUACAUAUAAUUAGUAGUAGUAAUACGUAUGGACAUAGCAUGGUCAUGCAGUUUUGGGAAUACAUAUUUGAUUGUAGAUUUGCACCACCUCCAGCAGGUUGGGUGGAGGCUGGGGGAGAAGUAUGCACUGGACAGGAAGAUCUAGAAAGUGUGGGGACUGAGUUGUUGGAUGUUUCUGAUCUCAGGCCUGAGUACAAUAUCUACAAGGCGGUGUAUGCUCUAGCAUAUGCCCUUGAUGACAUGCUGCAGUGCGAGCCAGGAAGAGGGCCUUUCAGCGGACACAGCUGUGCCACUUUGCAAAUACUGAAGCCAUGGCAGCUGAUCCAUUACUUGGAGAAGGUCAACUUCACCACAUCAUUUGGUGAUCAAGUUUCCUUUGAUGAAAAUGGUGAUGCCUUACCAAUAUAUGAUGUGAUGAACUGGCUGUGGCUCCCCGAUGGAAGAACUAAAGUUCAGAGUGUGGGGCUUGUUAAGAAGUUGGCCUCCAAAGGUGAAGAACUUACACUUGAUGAAGAGAAAAUCUUCUGGAACUUUGACUCCAAACAGUCACCCCUGUCAGUGUGCAGUGAGAGCUGUCCUCCAGGUACCCGCAUGGCCAGAAAAAAGGGACAGCCUUUUUGCUGUUUCGACUGUGUACCAUGCUCUGAGGGAAAGUUCAGCAAUGACACAGACUCCAUGGAGUGCACCAGUUGUCCAGAGGACUUCUGGUCCAAUGUCCAGCGUGACCACUGCAUUCCUAAGAAAACAGAGUUUCUCUCCUACCAUGAGCCUCUGGGUAUAUGCUUGACGACAACGUCAUUGUUGGGAACAUUUAUCUGUGCUGUUGUCCUGGGAAUUUUCACCUAUCAUCGCAGUACACCCAUGGUACGCGCCAACAAUUCAGAACUAAGUUUCUUGCUCUUGCUGUCACUUAAAUCCUGUUUUCUCUGUUCACUGCUGUUUAUCGGCCGUCCCAGUCUGUGGACAUGCCAACUGAGACAUGCAGCAUUUGGGAUCAGCUUUGUGCUUUGUGUCUCAUGUAUUCUGGUAAAAACCAUAGUGGUUCUGGCUGUGUUCAAGGCCUCCAAGCCAGGAGGAGGAGCCAGUCUGAAGUGGUUUGGUGCUGUGCAGCAAAGAGGAACAGUUCUGGUUCUGACUUCUAUUCAGGCAGCAAUCUGCACUGCUUGGAUUGUCUCUGCCUCACCAGCUCCCCAUAAAAACACUCAAUACCACAACGACAAGAUAGUUUAUGAGUGUGUUGUUGGGUCUACUGUUGGUUUUGCAGUGUUAUUAGGCUAUAUUGGCUUCCUGGCUAUCCUCAGCUUCUUGUUAGCAUUUCUAGCAAGGAAUCUUCCAGACAACUUCAAUGAGGCCAAACUCAUCACUUUCAGCAUGCUGAUCUUCUGUGCUGUGUGGGUGGCCUUUGUCCCUGCUUAUGUCAACUCUCCAGGAAAAUAUUCAGAUGCAGUAGAAGUAUUUGCCAUCCUGGCCUCCAGUUUUGGUCUCUUGUUGGCACUGUUUGGACCCAAAUGUUACAUAAUCCUGCUAAGACCAGAGAGGAACACAAAGAAAGCAAUAAUGGGGCGAGGUGAAUGUAACAAUUAA